GAUAUUCCUUCUCUAUUCCCCAUUAAAACUCUCUUUUUCUUAAACUCCUCGUUCUCCUCCUCUCUCUCCAUUUCCUCUUUCUACGCAGCGACUUCUAAGGCGAGUAGAACGCAGGAGUUUAUUCUAGGCUGCGAUGGCAGAGAACCAGCACCCAACUGUUUAUCAGAAAGUUGCUUGCCAGAUGCAUCUGAGCUCCAGUCUUUCCCAGGAUGUCCAUGCACGCUACAGGGGCAUUCAAAGACCAGCUCUCUCCCAGAGACGUUUUCCAUAUGGCAAUUACUCUAAUACCGGACUACAGAUGUGCCAAGCCACACAGGAUCUCUCAUUGAUUUCCUCAAAUGCUUCACCAGUGUUUGUGCAAGCUCCCCAAGAGAAAGGACUUGCAGCAUUUGCCACUGAUUUCCUCAUGGGUGGUGUUUCUGCUGCUGUGUCAAAGACUGCUGCUGCCCCUAUUGAGCGUGUGAAGCUCUUGAUCCAAAACCAAGAUGAGAUGAUUAAGGCUGGUAGACUCUCAGAACCAUACAAGGGAAUUGGAGAUUGUUUUAAGAGGACAAUUAAGGAUGAAGGAUUUGCUUCUUUGUGGAGAGGAAACACUGCUAAUGUCAUUCGUUACUUCCCCACUCAGGCCUUGAACUUUGCAUUUAAGGACUACUUCAAGAGACUCUUCAACUUCAAGAAGGACCGUGAUGGCUACUGGAAGUGGUUUGCAGGAAACCUUGCAUCUGGUGGUGGUGCUGGUGCUUCCUCUUUGCUCUUUGUUUACUCCCUUGACUAUGCUCGUACUCGUCUGGCAAAUGAUGCCAAGGCUGCGAAGAAGGGAGGUGGUGGCAGGCAAUUCGAUGGGUUGGUUGAUGUCUACAGAAAAACACUUAAAUCUGAUGGAGUUGCUGGCUUGUACCGUGGGUUUAACAUUUCAUGUGUUGGUAUCAUUGUGUACCGUGGUCUGUACUUCGGAAUGUACGACUCAUUGAAGCCAGUGCUGUUGACUGGAAAAAUGGAGGAUAGUUUCUUUGCUAGCUUUGCUCUUGGGUGGCUUAUCACCAAUGGUGCUGGUCUUGCCUCCUACCCUAUUGACACGGUUAGAAGAAGAAUGAUGAUGACAUCUGGUGAGGCAGUGAAGUACAAGAGCUCGUUCGAUGCAUUCAGCCAAAUCCUUAAGAAUGAGGGUGCCAAAUCUUUGUUCAAGGGUGCUGGUGCUAACGUCCUCCGUGCUGUUGCUGGUGCUGGUGUGUUGGCAGGUUAUGACAAGCUUCAGGUGAUCGUCUUUGGAAAGAAAUAUGGCUCUGGUGGUGCUUAAAUCAGAAGACAUUAACAAAGACGUUUUAGAAUUAGAUUAUGGUGAUGAAAAUCCUUCUUAUUGAAGUUCCAUUUGGGGUUAGAAUAUUUUACGUUUUUUUCCCUGCCCCUUUUGAAAUAAUUUAAAAUUUUAGAGCGGGUUAAAACUUUGAACCUGCAAUUAAUCAUUCCCUUGUGUAAGGGUGUUUUGUCAUGCAGACCUUUGUAUUAACAGCAGAGGUUACAGAUUCUCAUAAUCAAUUUUUGAUUGAAUUUAAUUCAGAUAUUUUUUAUCUGAUAGUUAAAUAAAUACCCUUUACUGUCA